AUGCAGUCCAUCAUCCUUCUGCUGAUCGCUUCGCUGGCCGUGGCCACAUCCGGAUCGUACCUGCCAACGGCUUGGCCGUACGCUGCUGCCGGCUGGAACUCGGGCGCCUGGAACACCGCCAACAGCUGGUCCUAUCCGUCGGUGUACAACAAUGGCUGGAAUAACGGCUGGAACGGCGGACUCGUGACCAAGGUUAACCCGUGGGGUCUUUCGUACGGUGCCGGCUGGGGAUACCACGGGCUGGCGGCCCGCUCGGUCGUUCCAGUGGAGAAGCAGAUUGCGGCCACUCCCGGAUCGUUGGACAUUUCACCGGUGCCGGUUGGUGGUGAGCGAUUCGUUGGAUAUUGAGAAAAAUGUUGAAAGAGACUAUUGAAUUGGCGUGGAUGACUGGCAGUAUUAAAU